AAAAAUCGGACUUUCGGGUUUCUGACAAGUGCAAUCUCAACCACCGAGCAAACGGAACGGACUUUGAUACUCCAGCCUCACAUACGGAGCCGAAGGGAAAUUCGCGACUGGGGUCAAAUCAUAUCAGACAUCUCACUUUCAGCAGUCACAUACACACGCAUACUCACUCAAGUGUGACAACAGGAACGAACAAGAGCUCCGACCACAGCUAGCUCUCACACGUCAUCAUCCACCUCAAGAUCUCAUCAUCAUGGCCGCGGUUGAGACUCCCCAGACCGCCGUGCCGGGCAAGGUUCUCGGCCCUAUCACGCGGUUCGCCGCCGGUCCAGGAACACAUGUCUACAACGGUAAUGUCGUCGCCUCCCUGCUCGGCGAUGUGACCGUCACAGCAUCGGCCAAGGCCCCGGCCGGCCUUACGAAGCGCCUCAACCGCAUCACACCGCUGUCGCCCGAGGAGCUGGCGACCAUCUCCGUGGCACGCAAGGGCGCCAACAAGAAGCGCGAGGUGCUUCCAGACGUGGGCAACAUGGUGCUCUGCCGCGUCGUGCGGUUGAUGCCGAAGCAGGCUAUUGUCACGAUCCAGCAGGUUGGCGACACGGUGCUGCAGACGGAGUGGCAGGGUGUCAUUCGCUCUCAAGACGUGAGAGCGACGGAGAAGGACAAAGUCAAGAUUUAUGAAAGCUUCAAGCCUGGUGACGUGGUGCGGGCACAGGUGAUUUCUCUAGGAGACCAGGCAAACUACUACCUCUCCACCGCUGCCAAUGAGCUGGGAGUCAUCAUGGCCACCAGCGAGGCUGGCAACGACAUGGUGCCGGUCAGCUGGAAGGAGUACAAGGACCCGGAGACCGGCAUCGGAGAGCCGCGCAAGGUAGCCAAGCCAAACUGAUUGGCGCGUUUUCUCAUCUACUUGCCUGCCUUUUCACGAUGUGCAGGUCAAGCUGUGGAGAGCUUUGCAGCUGGAUACGCUCAGACGCUUGAGGUUGCAGAGUAUUCUGCACCGCCUCGCGAACGAGGCUGAGGGCUGAUGGCUGUUCGUACCCCCUCCUCGCUCGGCAGGGAAGUGCUCUCACGGCGUUUCGAAACGAGAGGGCCAGCAUGACGACAUGACAGCGAGCUUUUUGAGCAGUUUCAGAGUUCUGGACCGAAUCCGAGGGCCGACUUGGCCGGUGCACCAGCGCAGCAAACCAAGAAUUACGGCCUUUUACUAUCCUUCCUGGUAGCGUCAGCAUCAGCAACAGCUGCCGUCAGCAGCAGUGCAUGAAUUGUUGACGAGAGAUGAAAGCAUGAGCUCCACUGCCAACCAACGAUGCAGUGGCCGUUUGGAAGGGUUGCAUGGUCGGCAGAGUGCCCUUUGUGUGCGGAUACACUGCAACGACUCAGCACGGGACAUGGCGAGGUCAAAGGACUGAUUGAUGGGCAGUCCGAUGUGGGAGCCUUGUUCAUGCAAGGGGACGAUCAAGAGUUGUCAAAAGGGAACGGAAAUUGGGCGCCAGAGACAAAGGACGAGCGAAGGGGGAGGAAUUGCCAGGAAAUGGUCGUCUACACUCUAUAGUCGUCAAUCAUGACACCUACAUGAUUAGGAUGUCACCAAAUUCCCAAGUGUAACCUGUCGUUCCGUUCUCGUUGGGGCAUGGACAUGAACGGACAUUCCGCAAUUGGCAUUAAUUUAAGCAAUCAGUCAAUUUGGACCAGGAGGA